AUGAAUGCCUGGUUCGUCGCCGUUGUUUCCAUCAUUUUCUGUCUUGUCGUCCGAGCAUUCUUCAACCUUCUCUCGCCAUCUCGCUCCCCUCCCCUCCCUCCCGGCCCUCCCCGCAUUCCCAUCAUCGGUUCUCCUGCUGUUCUGUUCAGGCCAUUAUCAGAACUCGAAUCUGUUCUCGGAAACCUACGUGCCAAGUACGGUCCCAUCUUCACUUUCCCCUUCGGCUCUCGUCCGGCGAUAUUAAUAGCCGAUCGUUCUCUCGCCCACCAAGCCCUCCUUCAAAACGGCGCCGUCUUCUCUAGCCGUCCCAUGUCCCUAUCUGGCGCUAAGAUCACCUCCAGGAACCCACACAACAUCAACACUGCUCCCUACGGUCCAACGUGGCGCGUGCUCCGCCGCAACCUCACUUCCCAGGUGCUUCAACCGACCCGGAUAAAAGCCUUCUCGGCUACCCGAAAAUGUGUUCUGCACAUGCUUCUCAAUGCCCUCAAAUCUGAUUCGGAAUCCAGCAAUUCUAUCGAGGUCAUCGACCAUUUCCAGCAUGCUAUCUUCCGCUUGCUGGCGUUCAUGUGCUUCGGUAAUAGGUUAGACGACAAGCAAAUCAAGGAUAUCGAAUGUGUUGUGCGUCGUUUACUUUUGAAUUUAAACAGAUUCGCUGUGCUGAAUUUGUGGCCAAGGGUUACCCGAAUAUUGUUCCACAAGCGUUGGGAGGAAUUGUUCCAAAUUCUUAAGGCACGAAAAGAUGUGUUGAUUCCGCUAGUAAGAGAGAGAAAGAAAGCCAAGGAAGAGAAGAUGAGCCAAACAGGUGAGGAGGACAAUGACGAGGGAGAUGAAGUUGCAGUGUCAUAUGUGGGUACGUUGUUGGAUUUGCAGUUGCCAGAGGAGAAUCGCAAGCUUGAGGAAGGGGAACUCGUUUCCCUGUGUACUGAGUUUCUGAACGCAGGGACGGACACGACCUCCACGGCAUUGCAAUGGAUCAUGGCAAACUUGGUGAAGCAUCCACACAUCCAACAAAGGCUUGUGGAGGAAAUAAGGGACGUGGUGGGUGAGAGAGAGGACAAGGAAGUAAAAGAGGAAGACUUGACGAGAUUGCCAUACCUGAAAGCUGUAAUUUUGGAAGGAUUAAGGCGUCACCCACCUGGGCAUCUUGGGCUACCACACGCUGUGACGGAGGAUGUGGCAUUGAAUGGUUACUUGGUGCCCAAGAAUGGGAUUGUGACGUUCAUGGUGGCGGAGAUGGGAUGGGAUCCAAAAGAGUGGGAAAAUCCGAUGGAGUUCAAGCCAGAGAGGUUCCUGAGCAGUGAAGGUGAUGCAGGUGAAGCAUUAUUUGACCUGACGGGAAGCAAAGAGAUAAAGAUGAUGCCUUUUGGGGUAGGAAGAAGGAUGUGUCCGGCCUAUCAGUUGUCUCUGCUUCAUUUGGAGUACUUUGUGGCCAAUCUGGUUUGGAAUUUCGAGUGGAGGAAGCCUGCAAAUGUUGGUGACCUUGAUAUGUCUGAAAAACCGGAGUUCACUACGGUAAUGAAAAAUCCAUUACGAGUUCAUUUGUCUUCCAGGCUUUAAACCCUAUCGCGUGGAACUUUAAUGCUUCAUGGUGUUAUGGGACUCGUAUGAUCAAUAUCAAUAUUGUUCCCAACGUGUGGCUGGUAGAAUGCCUUUACUUUUAUAAUGCCUAUAUCAUGAUACU